AUGAAUACACUAGAGAAGGAAAUAUUCACACUUAUUAAUAAUCACCGUCAACAGCAUGGCUUACCAGCACUUCAACCGUCUGUUAAUCUUGCCUAUGUUGCUCAUACACAUGCCAUGGAUGUUGUUGAAAAUAAUCCCGAUGUUAACGGUGGUAAUAUGCAUAGUUGGAGUGAUAAAGGAAAAUGGAAACCGGUUACAUACACAUCUGAUCAUAGGUAUGCUUCAUUAAUGUGGAGUAAACCAUCAGAAAUAAGCAAUUAUAAAUUCAAUGGGUUUGAAAUAUCAUUUGGUUAUGAGAAGAAUGUAAGAAAAACAAUGACAUUGGAUCCAAAUAGAGUUGUCGAAAGUUGGAAAAAUAGUCCAGGACAUAAUGAUGUGAUGGUUCAAGGCGGUGGUUUCAGCCAUAUGCCAAUGAAAGCGAUGGGUGCUGGUGUUUAUAGAGGAUACGCAUGUGUAUGGUUUGGCCAUGAACUCGAUACAUACUCAGCUCCCAACGGAGCACCAAAUGGUAAUGAUCCAACUGAAUUUUCGGGUACCUACCAACUUCUUAAUGUUCAGUCGAACAAAGUUCUCGAUAUCCAUGGUAAAGGUACAGAUGAUGGCACCAAUGUUCAAAUCUUUAAGAAUCAUGGCGCCGAGAAUCAAAUUUGGGUCAUCAAAGCAAAUCAUGACGGUACCGUCAAACUGAUUAAUCCACACAGUGGAAAGGUUUUGGAUGUGUCCGGAAGUGGUACUUCCGAUGGUACUAAUGUCCAAAUCUUUACAGACAAUGGAUCAAAUGCACAAAAGUGGCAUGUUCAAGGUGUUGAGGGUGGAAAAUAUAAAUUGAUUAACGUAGGAUCUAGCAAGGCUCUAGAUGUGACAGGUAGUGGAACGUCAGAUGGUACAAAUGUUCAAAUGUGGUCGGACAAUGGUACGCCAGCACAACAGUGGCAAUUGAUUCGGUACAGUAGUCAAAGUAAUGAUCCAACUGAAUUUUCGGGUACCUACCAACUUCUUAAUGUUCAGUCGAACAAAGUUCUCGAUAUCCAUGGUAAAGGUACAGAUGAUGGCACCAAUGUUCAAAUCUUUAAGAAUCAUGGCGCCGAGAAUCAAAUUUGGGUCAUCAAAGCAAAUCAUGACGGUACCGUCAAACUGAUUAAUCCACACAGUGGAAAGGUUUUGGAUGUGUCCGGAAGUGGUACUUCCGAUGGUACUAAUGUCCAAAUCUUUACAGACAAUGGAUCAAAUGCACAAAAGUGGCAUGUUCAAGGUGUUGAGGGUGGAAAAUAUAAAUUGAUUAACGUAGGAUCUAGCAAGGCUCUAGAUGUGACAGGUAGUGGAACGUCAGAUGGUACAAAUGUUCAAAUGUGGUCGGACAAUGGUACGCCAGCGCAACAGUGGCAAUUGAUUCGGUACAGUAGUCAAAGCUAG